AUGGCGGCGUCCGCUCUUCCCGGCGCCUCGUUUGAGGAGCGUCUCGACUGGGACAUCGAGGGAGCUCAGCACUCUUUCUCUCACGGGGAGAGCUCGUUUUUGGAAUCUGUCGGGGUCGCCGACGUCUUCUCUCCGCUAGCUUCGCCACGCGCUCCCUACGCGCUCUGCUUCGACCGGUUUCCGUGGGCAGAUCUGGAGGAGGCGUGUCGCGGCUGCGAAGCGCACCUGGCCGUCCUCGACUCUCUCCGCUCUCGGGGCUUUCCGGCGGCGCUUCUCCUCCCUUCUGCGUCUUCUCCGUUCUUCCUGCUGAACUUUGCCUCGCUCCACUCCCUCACCCUCUUCGCCGCGGGCAUCCACCCAAAGCAGCGCAAAUCCCGCGAAGGCCGCAGUCUGCGCGGCGACCGGGAGAGCGCCUGGGGCGUCGACAGCGUGCCCGAAGAGCGGCGCCGCGAAGACAGAAUGCGCGCGCGACCGAGGGAGGUCCUCUACCUGUGGACUGACGACGAGGACGAGCCCGACGCGCGCGGAGACGCCGAAGAGAGACGACGAAAUGCGAGGCGAGUGCGGAUCCAUUGGGCCGUCGUCGACUUUGUCGUUGAAAAAAUCAACCGGAGCCUCCCGAGUUUCUUCUCCAUCGCGCGUCCCCUGCCUCCGCCUGGAGUCCUGAUGGAGGCGGCUUUGCUGGCGUGGCGGCGAAAAGAGAGAAGCAGCCGAGAAGAAGACGCGCGAAGGAAACUCAUGCGGUGGCGAGAAAGGAAGAUUUUCGUCCACAGCGCCAUGACGGAUGUUCACGACUUCUCCUUCGACACCACCAAGCAGAGGUUCCAAACGACUCCUCUGAAGCCGCUGACUCUCGCCUCGCUGGGCCGCCUCUUCUGCGACAGUUCAGUCUUUGCGUCCACGUACGACCGCCGAUACUUUGUGCUUCAGCAGCGCUGCCUGCUGCAUCCGCUCCUGUCUCUCCAUGGCCGAGAGGCCUCUGGGAGACAGGCUUCUUUCGCCCUCUCGGGGCUUACAGAUGGAGACAAACCGGACAGAGAGAUCCGCCGCGUGAUCUUUGAGGUGGACGGCGUGACGCGCCGACCGGGACAACGCCAGUUGCUGCUCGGGAUCCUCGGCCGAGACGUGAAUAAAGACCUCGCUCUUCAAGGUCUUUUCAGCGACAUUCGCAUAAAGUUCGAGAAAGAGUUCCGCCCGCGGCCUGGGUUCUUCCUCGAAGGCCACGUGGUGCUCGCCGACGGGUUCUUCGCCAAGCAUGACGAUUGCUUCCACAUUCUGGAUUUGUCGCAUCCGCCGCGAUGGCCCUCGUCGGAUCGGCUUAUCCUGGGGCGGCGCGCGGCCGCCGUGCGGGCGGUGUCUGAUCACAAGAAACGGCGAACCGGCGCUUGCUCCGCGUUCGGCGAGAGUGUGGGGGGCGGCUUCGCCCGGGGACUGGAAGAAGAAGAGCCCGAAGGCUUGAUCGCUCGCCAGCAGGCGAGUUCGAUGUUUGGCGGGCUGCUCGAAUUGAAUGAGAUGGAGGCUCUCGAGGCGUGGAGAGAAGUGGAGGAAGAGCGGGAGGAAGACCAGGACGACGAGGACGAGCUCCGAGAGCUGCUGCCGCUUCUUCUUCCAGGGUGUUCUCUCGGAGCCGCGCAGAACGCGCUCGGAGAGGCGGAAGGUGGACAGAGCGAGAAGGAGAACCGAACGGGCGCACCCGAGAGGAAAAAGAAGGCCGAGGGAAAACGAAGUGCUACAGCACUGAGAAUCGAACCGCAAGAUCCUGACGCUCCCGACCCGAUGGCCUGGGUCAUCAUCACGGAAUGCCAUUUCAAUGAGCCGGGGGAUCUCGAUCUCCUCGGCGCCAUGCUUGCGACGUUCGAGAGCCAGGGCGAGUAUCCGUCGGGUUUCGUCUUUUUGGGGAGUUUCUCUUCCUCGUUUUCGGGUGGUGAAGACGUCUACAGCGCCGGGUUCGGUGCCCUCUUCAACCUCCUCACCAGUCGGUUUCCCCUCUUCGUUGCCCGAUGCCACUUGGUCUUCGUCCCUGGACCGGAAGAUCCGUCUUUCGCCCGCGAGAGCUUGCCGCGGCUGCCUUUGACGCCUCCGUUCACGUCCGACUUCCAGCAACGCCUCGAACGGGCCAUCCCAGCCUGCAAGGGGAAAGUUUUCUUUACCACAAGCCCGUGCAGUGGAAUUGUACAGAGGAGAGCAUGGAAAUACGCAGGGGGCCGCCAGUGUCCUCAACUGUUUUUCGUUCCGAACAGGAUCCGACACUUCACAUCAUCAAUGCUUUUCUUCCGGCACGACGUCUUCAAGGCUCUCUCGCGAGACGCGCUCUUCACAGGCGGCCGCAACAAAGAGACCGAGGGGCCGACUUCAGUCGACACGGAUAUCGUUGACCUACCGAAGGUGACUCGCCUGUCCCAUGCGCUGGGCAUUUCCAAAGGCCUGCUGUUGCUUGUUUGGAUUCGCGUGCCUCAGCUGUACAACACAGUUGUGGGUCAGGCGCACCUCUGCCCAAUUACCGCUGACCAUCGUCUCAUCAAGCACAGAGACCAGAGUCUAGGCCUCUUCCCCAUGCCAGACCUGGUUUUCCUCUGCGACAAAUCGGCUCCUCCGGUGACCAAGAAAGAUCCAAAGUCCCCAGAUGAGUUCAUCUUCGCCAACGCAAAUGCAUCCUUCAGAGAAACAAAGAGCUUCUUUAUCUACGAGAUGACGACACACCAGUUAACAAAGUACUUUGUACCGUCCAGUAGAUUGACGAAGUAA